GCAUGUGCUGGUGUCAGAGCUGAUUUGAAAAUGUGCCUUCUGCAGAGUGACUGCUGUCGAUUGCAAAAGAAAACUCCUCGUGAAUGUCUGAACGUGACCGACGGUUCUGUCCCCACCGAAUGCCAAGUGCUCAGAAACACGUUUUUCGAAUGUAAACGAUCAAUGCUGGACAAUCGAACCAGAUUUAGAGGAAGGAAGGGCUACUAAAGAUAAAGUUGACUUCCAGUAAAUGUAGUCGUACCUUAUUUUAAAUGAUACACA